UACAGUUGCCAUGCGACAUCUCAACUUGGUUGAUUAUCAAACUUUCGCCCUUUAAAACACAAAGGAAACCCCGUAGGUUUACGUACCGCGUAUACUGUUUUGUCGUUGGAUCUAAUAUUUAUGUAUAGGAGUAAAGUAAUUGAUAUAGCGUGAUUAUUAAGCUUUGCCAUGAGUACUAGGAUCUAUAUAGGACGUUUGGCUUAUGAUGUAAGGGAAAGAGAUCUUGAAAAGUUUUUCAAAGGUUAUGGGAGAAUUCGAGAAAUAUUGAUCAAGAAUGGUUUCGGAUUUGUGGAAUUUGAUGACUAUCGCGAUGCCGACGAUGCAGUUUAUGAGUUGAAUGGUAAAGAGCUUUUGGGAGAAAGAGUAACUAUUGAACAUGCCAGAGGAUCUCCGAGAGGAAAUGACGUAUACAGAGAUAGAAACCGGGGUUAUCGAGCUCCAAUGCAAAAUCGUCGCCGCCAAGGUGGAGGACGGGAUAAAAGGUACGGCCCACCCACGAGGACAGAAUACCGACUAAUCGUAGAAAAUUUGAGCAGCAGAGUGAGCUGGCAGGAUCUCAAAGAUUAUAUGCGGCAAGCCGGUGAGGUAACUUAUGCAGAUGCCCACAAGCAGAGGCGUAAUGAAGGAGUUGUAGAAUUUGCUAGUUUUUCGGAUAUGAAAAACGCUAUUGAUAAGCUAGAUGACACUGAUUUGAGUGGUCGACGUAUCAAGCUUGUCGAAGACAAAUCGAGACGCCGACGAUCCAGGUCGAGGUCUAGGUCCAAGAGUCAUUCUCGUUCUCACAGCAGGAGCAAGAGUCAAAGCAGAAGCAAAUCCCGUUCCAUGUCGAAGUCAAGGUCCCGUUCCAAAUCUCGCUCCAAAUCACGAUCCCAUUCCAAAUCUCCUGUGAAGUCAAGGUCUAGCCGCUCCCAGAGCCGGAAGCAGUCGCGCAGCCGCAGCAGAAGUGCCAGCGAAGACAGGAAUGACAGAAAGAGCCGAAGUCGAUCCAAAUCCCGCAAAAGUAGGUCCAGAUCCCGAUCUCGCUCUAAAUCUUCGGAAAAACGUUCCGACUCUCCCAUGCAGAAGGACGAUGAUGUCAGCAAUUCCGCCGACGACAAAAAUUGAUCCAGACUGCCAUUAGAAGGCUAAAAUAAGCUUUUUAAUUUUUACCUCAGGUGCAUUAGAGGUUUAAUAUAGUGUGUUUAGUAAGAUGUCCUUGUAUUGAAUAAAAAUGUGGUCUUAUGUCCUGCCGGGAGUUUCUUCACAUUUGGAAGUGUUAUUUUAUCCUUUUUUGAUGAUUUUAGUUUUCAUACCAACUUUCACAGAGACAAAUGGACUUGACGUUUUUUGAGUGCUGGUGUGGAUGCAUGGAAACUUUUUUUAACCGAUCUGUAAUUUUUGGUUAUGAAAAGAAAAGGUACUUAUGUAUUAAUGCAACCACCUUGACACAAAUGAGUAAUUUUUGACAGGUGAGUUUGGUGGUUUUUGCGAGCUUUUUAAAAAAGCUUUGCAAAUUAUAUAUUUAUUGUUAAGUUGGCAAACAUUAUCAACUCAUGAAAACAAAAUCUGCUUUAUAAUUUAAAAUACAAUGUUUAAUUAUCAGAUAAGCAUUAUAUGAUAAUGGGAUAAAUAAACAGGCUGCAGAUCGUUCUAAUUUUUUUUGCACUUUUCUUCUCUUAAAAUACAUAAUGAUCAUAUUCACUUAAAAAAAAUAAGAGAAUUGGCAUAUCACAAACACCAACCUUCUGCAUUUUGUACCUUUUAGGCAUUUUACAGUAAAAAAUAAUCCUUUUUUAAAAUUUGGAAUACAACAAAAAUUGCAUACGUAAAUUCCCACUCGGGGUGGUUGCUAUAACAGAUAAGUGCUGAAGCAAGUUUAACCACUUAACUGUUUCAUUUUCUUGCCAUAUUGUCACCGAAAAUAAACAUAUUUUUUAUAAACAAUUUUGUAAUUUAGUCGAUUACAUGAAUUCAGAUCAGCAGUCAAAAGUGUUACAAGUAUUGCAUUUAAUAAUUUUAGAUAUGGUGAAAUUAAGGCAUUUUUACUUAAUUGACCUUUUUUUUUUUUGACAAAACUGGAAAGAACAGUUUACAGGAGUUAUGUGUGAAAGAAGUAAAUUUGGAUGGAAGGAGGAUUACUAGUUUACAAAGGUUCUGAACCUGAAUUGGAUCAUCUGAGCUUUCUGUUUCCUCAUCGUCACUAGGGAGUUCCGAUUUAGAACUUAGGACUACCAGAAUCAUUUAUAAAAAAUUCAGAUUUCCUGAUCCAGUGUCAGAAUUAUAUUCUGUUAUGAGCCAUUUACGGACCCAUUGUUCAUGACAAAAUUGGGAAGAAAUACUAUUCCAAUACCCUAAACACAGAAAACGUGCAAACAAACCUGCAGAAUUUCUUUACGUAAUGAAAAGUGAUAAAAACCUGUCCUUGAACUGGUUUUACAAAUCAGUCUCUCCUAUAUCCCUAGAUGUCUAUUAGAAACACCGCAAAGUAAAAAAUGUGGAAAAGCCGGGAAAACCGCAAAGUAAAAAAUGUGGAAAAGCCAGGAAAAUACACUGCCUUUGAGUGGUGUGCGGGCAAAUAAAAAAUCUUUUUGCAGCACCCAAAACAGUUAAGUGGUUAACAAAUAUGAUAUUCUUUUUCUUUGCUUGUUAUGAUCAGUGUAUCAUUUCAUUUUUAUAUUCAUUGUGGUGUAAGUAUUUUUCUUUCCAGGUAGUUAUGUUUUUAUCUGUGAAAUACUCUUUGAUGCACAUUGUAAAAUUCAUAAAAUUAUGUAACACACGGUAAUCUCUCCCUCCCUUGCAAGUACUGUAUUUACCUAACUAUAUAUGAUUUCCUGAGAACAACCCAGAUUCCAUCUUUUUAUUAAUACUCAACUUCAUAUUUAAAGAAUUGUAAUUGUCGAGUAAUUAUUUUCACUUUUCUUGUAUUCAGUGUCGGAUACCUAAACCCUGCUUUUUAAAGCAGUUAUGUAUAUAAUAUCAAUAAAGUAAAUUCCAUAGAAUGAUUGUCUUUUUGAGUCACUAAUAUUGAUUUGUUAUUGGUUGUAUUCAGAUGAUCUUAUGAGGGAUCUUCAAAUAUGAUCAUAAGUUUAAUCUGAUAAGAUUUAUUGUAGCUGCUAGUGUGUUGAACACAUUUCCCAAUAAGUUCAUCAAAUCUGUCUUUUUUUUUUUUUUUAAGGUUUUUUCAAAAGAAAAAGAUCUCCCCCAAUGAAAUUUAUUGAAUUAAUAAAACUUGUGUUGUAUAAAUUGUAUUCCCUCACCCCCCUAGUGAAUUAACUGAAAAAUUUUCCUAUUCAACAAUAUUUUGACUACUUGUAUUAUAUAUUUUUUGUAAGAAAUUUUGUUUAUAUUAAAUUUUUUGUAUUUGUGAUUCUUGGUCAGACCCCCCCCUCCCUGAAUUCAUUCUGUAUCCUGAAUUCAAAAAUGCAAAACAUGUUUAUAUAUUCCCCCUCAUGAAACUACUGGGGAUAAUGCAUGCGAUCUCCAAUUUUUCCUAGCAGUGUAUCCAAAUUUUAAGUAAUAAAAUCUUUUAUGGACAUCAGAA